GUUGGGGGUUUUGAUUUGGCGCGCUGAUUCAACGAACUGCACGCACAUAUCGGGGACACAGACACAACUCCUCGUGUUCGCAAUGCAGCAUUCCAUUGUAAUGGCUCUCCGUUUCCUUCUCCACCCAUUGAUAAUACUCAAAUCUCCAUGGCAAUCAUCGACCUUCUGUCCUAGGGUUUCUUCUGUAACAAAAAAUGGACACUCUCCAGCACCAUCUCCACCGUUUCUCCAAACCUUCCUUAAUUUACGACCGUCAGAAGCCCUGGUGGCAACAAAUUCUCGAUCCAAAUGGCGAGUUCGUUGCCAGAUGGAACCACAUUUUCUUGGUCACUUCCUUUGUCGGUCUAUUUGUUGAUCCUCUUUUUUUGUUGCUUCCAAUUAUUCGGGAAACCUGCAUGAGCACCGAUAAUGUUUUGGGAUACACCAUAUUAACUUUUCGCGUAUUGGUUGAUAUCUUCGCCUUGUUUCAGAUCAUUAUGAAGUUCCGUACGGCUUUUGUUUCCAAGAAAACCCGGGUUUUUGGUAAGGGCGAGCUGGUGAUGGAUCAGAAAUUGAUUGCUAUCCGUUACUUGAAGAAUGACUUUGCCAUUGAUCUUGCUGCUGCCCUCCCGCUCCCACAAAUUGUUAUUUGGUUUAUAAUGCCAUUGAAUGGCUCAUCCGCCACUCAUGCUAAUCAUGCCAUCUCUUUGAUUAUUAUGCUUCAGUAUGUGCCAAGAUUGUUAGUCAUUUUCCCCUUAAAUUCAAAGAUUAUUAGGAAUACAGGUGUUGUGGCAAAGACAGCUUGGUCUGGUGCAGCAUACAAUCUCCUCCUGUACUUGCUGGCAGGUCAUGUUUUAGGAGCUAUAUGGUAUCUGAUGGCUAUUGAGAGGCACUUUUCAUGCUGGAAGGAUGAGUGCGCAAAGCAGCAGGAGGGUGCUCCAGCUUGUUAUAAAGACUACCUUGAUUGCUCAUCACUUGGUAAACCUGGGCGUCAGGAGUGGUCGGAAACCACUGAGGUGUUCAAGAAUUGCGAUGCUAAUGCUGAUAUAAGCUUUGAGUUUGGAAUGUUUGGUGAUGCAAAUACUGAAGAAGUUACAUCUGCUGGCAUCUUUGAUCGAUAUUUUUACUGCCUAUGGUGGGGUUUAAAGAGCCUAAGUUCGUAUGGACAAAGUAUAACUACAAGCAUAAACAUUGUUGAGACGCUCUUGUCCAGUCUUAUUUGUCUUCUGGGUUUGGUCUUCUUUGCACUGCUGAUAGGCAACAUGCAGGUAUUUUCUCAUGUGAAAGACUAAAUUACGAUAUAUUUUCUUAUUCACGUUUCUUCUUAUUCUUUUACACUAUUGCUUAGUCUCUGAUGUACGUUGAUGAAUUUAAGCUACUGGAUAUUGACUAAAAGGAGGAAAACUUGGGAGUGAUCAUCCCGUUGAUUAAGUCCCUUGGUUCUUGUGGACUGAUCUUGAUCAAUUAGUGAGAAUUUGCUUGAAUAUAUCCUAACCAUGUACCAUGCAUUAGCAUCUUGGUAUUUUACUCUGAUAGCCGUUUACGCGUG